AUGGUGAGAAUAUAUCUAGUAACAGAGCAAUUGAUUCGAAAAAAAUCCGAACAUAAUGAGUGCCUUAUCAGUACAUUAGAGGAGCUCUCGCUGCAUCAGGAAGAUAUCGAAUGCAUUGAGCAUUUACAUAAUUGGUGCCGGGAUCUUAAAAUAUUAUUGCUACAAUCGAAUUUAAUAUCGAAAAUAGAAAACCUUUUUAAACUAAAAAAACUGGAAUACCUUAAUUUAGCUGUAAAUAACAUAGAACGUGUGGAGAACCUGGAAAGUUUAGAAUCUCUAAAUAAGUUAGAUUUAACAUUAAAUUUUAUUGGUGAACUGACUUCCAUCGAAAGCUUACGAGCAAAUUAUAAUUUAAAAGAACUAAUAUUAACUGGUAACCCUUGCUGUGAUUAUCCACAUUAUAGAGAAUAUGUAAUAGCAACGCUACCAACAUUGAAAAGUUUAGAUUGUGAAGAAAUAACUACAACGCAUAGAUUGGAAGUGAGUAAAAAACUACAAAGAAAUAGAGCAAUAAUUGUACAAAAACAAUUAGAUCAUGCUAUUGAACGAGAUGAGCAGAAAAUACGUUACUUGCAGCAGAAGAAGGAACUGGAAGCUAAAAUGGCUGAUAUUGAAGAUGAAGAUGAACGCAAGAAAUUCUUUUGGGAUUCUAAAAGUGAACAUUGUCCAGAAAUACGUGCUGACAUUGCACGCUAUCAUAAAGAGUGCCGUGAGCCAAUUACACCAAAACCAGAAGAUGAUAUUCCAAAACGUGGUCCACCACAACUAUUCGCACCAUGUGGCCGUCCAUACAAUAUAAAUCGACCAAAUCUCAAAUUCAAAUUUCAAGACGAAAGUACAGAAUAUAUUUUGGAUUUAUAUGUUUACAAAUUUUUGGAUACUGCACUAAUUGAUGUGGAUGUAACGUGUAAUUAUAUACGUGUAACUGUUAAGGGUAAAAUAUUUCAGAUAAGUUUAACGGAAGAGGUUAAACCUUCUGAUGCGAUUAUUCAACGUUCACAGAUUACAGGUCAAUUACUUAUAAGGGUACCGAAAUUGCAUCAUAAUGAAAUAAUUGAAAUUAAAGCUAAGAAAGAUAAUAUUCAGAAGGACUUCAAAAAUAAUAGAAACACAGAAUUAAAAGGAACUGUCAACAUAAAAGAUAUUUGCUCUCAUCAGGAUGAUUGUCCAGAUCUAAUUUAAAAAUA